AUGGCGGAGCCGCCGGACGACGCCAGUGCGACGAAACGGCACCUGGCACUCACGCUGCUGGUUGAGCUACCUUUUCCGCUGAACAAGUCGCUGGACCAGUCGCUCCUGAGAAUCAAUGCCGCCAAUGCCAAAAUCCUGUCCAUCGAGACUCGACCGACGCACAGCAGCAGUCAGCUCGCUCGUCCGACGUCACGUCAGCAAUCGCAGUCCCAGCUUGCCUUUCCACAUGCUGCGCAGACUGCUCAGUCACCCCCCGCACUCGCUACGGCUGGCUCGAUCCCGACACCCGACACCGCUGCUGCCGCCGCCGCUGCGAAGGCGCCGGGCAACAAGACGCCCACUUCCGCUCAGCGACCGCGGGACCCUCACACCAGCACUGUUCGGCCUGCUACCCGUCCUCCACGACAGCAUACGCAAGCGUUGACCCAGCAGCCGCAGCUAGAUGCUGAAGCUGAAGAUCCGAUCGAGGAUGAAGACGAUGCCAUCCUCAACAACAUCGCCGAUGACGACUUUCCCGACGACAUCUCCAUCAUCCAGGGCACGCAGCCCCAACCCCGGCCACAAGUACAGCCGCAGACGCAACAGCAAACACAACCACAACCGCAAGCACGACCGCCACAACGACGUUCCGGCACAGCGUUCGAGGUCAUGGCGAGAUCAAGGAGCCAGCAGAAUCGUAAACCCACCGGCAACUGGUCGGUCGAGGAGGACAAGAUACUCCUCCAUGGUAUACGGCUGAACUGGACCAGCACGCAGUUCAUCGGCGCCUUCAAAAUUAAUCGAACACCGAGUGCCGUCCGCGGGCGCAAGGCAUGGUUGGUCAGGCGGUAUCCGAAUGGUGUGGUUCCUGCGGGUGACGAGCGUCACGGAUCGGUUGAGAACGCUUCGACUGCGGUCCCACCUUCUUCCAAUACGCGCUUGAACUGGGCUCUGGACGAAGUGCGCGUCCUUAAGAAGGCGCUCGGCGAAGGCUAUGAUGCUCCAGAGAUCGUUGAACGACGUUUUCCCAACCGAUCGUUGGAGUCUGUGACGAAGAAGGCCGGGCGGGUGGAAGAAGCUGUGAUGAGACACGAAAGAGCAACUGCCGACUUUCCCCAGGAUGACAGCGCAGUGGAAGGAUGGGGCGACUCUGCCAAUCUAAAGUUGCGGAGAGCUGUACGCGAGAAGCUGUCUAAGAAAGAAGCACACACCGCCUACUUCAGACUGUUCGCCAAGCGAGAUUUCCAAAGGAAGUGGAACGCAUACAAAGCGCAGCUGAACGGGACCGCACCACUUGCUCGACCAGAGCGACAGGAUGGAACUGCGGUUCAGGGGAACAAAGGGACGCAGCAGACUGUUGACCAAAGCACCCCACCGAGCGCGCAAAUCCCCACCAGCAGCUUGAGCACAGCUCAGCAGAGUUCUCCGACCCGGCGUCCAGUCAACCGGCCCGAGAACCUUACCGCAAUUCUGCCUGCGGACGCAUCGACGAAUCCCUCUGCGACGCCUUCCGCAAGGCCCUCCACGAGGCCUUCUACGAACGCAGAGACGAACCCUACCCCGAAUGCACCCGAUGCCCGUGCAAAUGCUCAGGCGUCGGACGAGAUGGACAUUGUACAGGUCGCUGAAACUGGGCAAACGGAGCAGGCUAUCUCAGAAUCACACCAAGAUGCCCAGGCGUCGGACGAGAUGGAGAUUGUCCAGAACAAGUCUACAGCCCAUGCCGUUGUGCGGGGGCAGCCACAAAUGCGCGGCCAGCCUUUGAUCCGCACGCUCACUCAAGUACCGCAGCUGGCUCCGCCAGAGGAGUGGCCAGAGCUGGCUGUGGGUGCCGUUGACCGCCGAAACAUGGUUCUCGUUGGCCGCUGGCCACAUACCACCAGUGUUCAUAUCGAGACUCUACUCCAACAAGGGGACGUCGUACUCAUGAAGAGGGCUGUGGAGCAGUCUGCUGCGCAGGGCUGUCCCGAGGACGCGCAAGAGGAUUUUGACAUGGGUAAGCUGUCGGUGAGGCAGUUGUAUGCUCUGAGCUGCGGGGACGAAGACGAGAGGAAGAGAUUGUACGAGCGGCAAAGGCGCAUGAUCCGCGAAAGCCGUAUCAGGCAUGAUCGGCCGGGACCACGUCGACAGAAGAUCGAUUACGUCGAGCGGCCAGACGGUCACGGCGGUGUUAUUCUUGUCCAGGAGACGUUCAGCGAAACGGACACCGAGGCCGAAAUGUGGGAGGACAUGUACGAUGGUCCCGAUAGCGAGGUGGCUGAUGAUGACGUCGAAGAGGAAGAAGAGGAAGAAGAGGAUGGGGAGGAUGCCGGCCAGCAAAGCGUGAGCGGUGCGAACGUGGCAAGUGGUGGAAAACUCUGCAAAGCAAAGGCGAUGACCUUUACGAGCGGCCGAAUCCUCCCGAGCCAGAUCGAUGACACAUAUGAAGUGUACGACGACAAUGGCAAUUUGGUCGAUGUUCGGUACAAACAGCAGGUAUCAGAUGCGUUGGUCGUGGAUGUGGAAGCGGCUACAGAUGCAGAAGCUGAUGUGGAUCUCGACCUUCCCACCGCUCCGCCCAUGGAAGAGGUCGAGGGAUUCGUCAACGACACCGUCGCUCCAACCGACGAGCAGCUGCAGGACUUGACGCAGAGCGGCGAUGUUCAGAUGUUCGAUGAGGAUAGAACCUUCAUGGGUACCAGACAACACGCUGCAGCGCGCCAAUCACCCGAAGUCCGUUCGAGCCCGAUGACUGCUGCUGAGCAGUCAGCUUUCACGGCGGUCGCUGAGACCUCAACGCCGGCAGUUCUUGGUUUGGACAGCCUGGAUCAAGACGAAGCGAGUCGUGACGGAGCGCAGGCGACAGCAGCGACCGACGAUACGCCCACGAAGAAGCGCUCCCAGCGCAAGAGAACGCACUCCACCAGCGAGGGUGCCGGCACCGCUACAUCAUCUGAUCCAGAGGAUGGAAACACCGCCGAUGAUGAGUCACCAAGGCGCAGGAAGAAGAUCAAGACCGAGCUCAUCAGCAGCCCUGCCAAACCAAGACAGCAGCGGGACGCAAUCCAGCAACAGCGUCUGGCCGACCAACUCGCGAUGCCACCUCCUCCGUUGCCGACGAGCGCGGUGUCCGAGGAAAAGGCGCAGCGGAACGCGGAGCGCAGGGCAAGGAAGAAAGCCAACAGGAAGGCGGCCCGAGAGUCUACUGCUGAGAGAUCGGACCCAAUCAGCGUCGAGCAUCAUGAGGGUCUGGGUAAUCGCGAAAGGCGCCGCAGGCGCAUGCCACCAAUCAGCUCAGACGCUCCGGGGUCGGAUGCCCCUGCACGCAGAACCAAUGUGGAAACGCGCAGUCACGCCUCCAGACGUCGGACCACUCCUCGCACCACAGCGAUUGUGCAGUCGAUUGAGGCGCCGGAAGCGAGGCCUAAGCGGCGCAUCCCUCAGCAGGACAGGACUCCAGGCAACAAGUCGGGCAAUGCGGACCAAGGACUCGGGCUGGGGCCAGACUGGUACAAGGCCAACCCAAUUCAGACAUCCCCUCUCAAGCCCAAGUACGUGCCGCCGUCACCGGUCAAGCUGCCUUACGACAACGAUGCCUCGUCCCUGCCGAGUACCAUGCAAAGCAGCAUCGUAACUUGA